AUGGCUCGGUGUUUCUGUCAACUACCUCCCCAUGGUAUUCGACGCCUGUCUGGCAGUUUAUGGUUGAAUCUGGGAAUAGUAAGUCAAGCAUCACAUCUACCAGAUUUAUCUCUUCGUCUAACUGCCUCCUCUGUUCAAGAGCAAGUCGCAGACGAGUUACAAAUCUUCUCCCCACCACAGCAGGAGCCAUGGUCAGCCCCCAACAUCAGCUUCACCCGAUCCAUCCUCAACGCAGCACAACCAGCAACCACGAAAUUCAAACCAACCCGCCUCCUCUCCCUGCCCCCAUCCCCCAACUCGGCCAUCAAACUCACCACCACCACCCACCUCCCCCAUCCCGUCCAAUACGCUGCCCUAAGCUACUGUUGGGGGCCCCCUUCAGACGCGAUCCAGCAGACAACCCUCACAACCUCCUCCCUCCCCUCCCGUAUGACCAGCAUUCCCCUUUCCGAUCUCUCCCCUGUCAUGCUUGACGCAGUAAAGGUCUGCCGCUCCCUUGGCAUCCCUUACCUCUGGAUCGACGCUUUAUGUAUCAUCCAGGACAGCAAGACAGACUGGGAGUUUGAGUCACAACAAAUGGCGCGGAUCUAUGAACACUCUUACCUUACCAUCUGCGCCGCGGGUUCGUCAUCCUGUCUGGAGGGGUUCCUGUCCAAGCGAGCUGUCUACCCUGAAUAUAGGUACACAUCCCCUGCCAAGGGCAUAGUUAACGGGGUGUUUACACUCCGAUCGGUGCCCAGCAACAGCGAUGGGACGCUGGCAGCAAAGGCAUCCUCCCCACCGCUAGAGCAGGAUCUAUCCGUCACGAGCUGGAGCGAAAGGGGGUGGGUAUUCCAGGAACGGGCCAUGUCCACCAGCAAAUUAUUCUUCGGCAAGUCGAUGCUCCACGUCCAAACCAACUCUCUUGUCCUCUCCGAAAACGGCCACCAGUCUGAAGUAAAAGCCAACAACAACCACGACGACCGCAACACAUCACCCAACACCACCCCCCUUUCCCUCCUCCCCCACCUCCUCCACGGCGACAAGACCAACAACCGCUACGACCUCUGGCUAUCCGUCGUGUUGAAAUUCGUGCACUUGAAAUGGACAAUAGAAGAGGACCUCCUCCCCGGUUUGUCCGGUCCGGCCUCCAGAUUCAACGACAUCAUGCCCCCCAACGACGCCUACCUCGCGGGACACUGGCGGUCCGACCUCCACGCCAGCCUCCUCUGGGUCGCCGGCCGCCGUGGUCACCAUCCCCGUCCCAACACCCUCCCAUCGCUGCUGCAAUCCCUCCAAAAAGGCAACCCCCUCCACUGCCCCAGCUGGUCCUGGCCAGGCCGCAGGGACGACAUCUUCCGCUUCGUGCACGGCCUACCCGACGGGAGGAAAUGUCGUGUCCGAACCCACCUGCGGCCGGAGUUCAGCCUAAUCAAAUCAAACGUGCAAGCGGAGGGGGUGGUGAACCCCUUUGGGAGACUGAGCCCGAAGGUCAACUCGCUCGUCGUUUCCGGGAAGGUCAUUCCCAUGUCAAACAUCCUCUCCCCUGACAAACCCAAAUGGGAGUUCACCACCGAGAGCGCGGAGUGGCGGUGCGCAAACGCCGAAAGGGGGUACCUCAUCAUGGUGUCGCAUGACUGGGAUGAUGAUGCUGCUGGUGGAUCUAACCCAGCGGUGACGACAGAGGAGGAGUUGUCAAAGAUCAAGCUGCUUCUGCUGUCGAGUUGCUGCUCGUUGUCCGAGCUGCCUGCUGGCAGCAUCAAACCAGGUGCAGAAGCAACGACCAAAAUUCUCUUCCCAACAGAACACAGCAAGACAUUUCUCGACGACCCGGACUUUCAGUCGGGAGGGGGGGGGACUUGCUCGUUUUGUCAAGACCAGAAACACAAGAGAGAUGUCUGGGGUCUGUUGCUCUAUCCAGCUGACUCGCAAGGGAGGUACUACAGGGUGGGCAUCUUUUACUCUCGUGCUCAGCACGGUGGCUCGGAAGUGUUCAACGAGGCAGAAACGUGCGAGGUUGAACUCAUGUAG